CUUGUCAGAAGAGAUGUCUCACCGACCCCUUGUCUGCUUAGUGCAUCAUCAUUGAUGGCUCUAAUUGCAUAGAGUGGGGUACUAACCUGAUCUUUCUGGUCCUUUUUGUUUAAUCCUGAGAAUGUUCAAUAAUUAACAAAACACUUCCUCCAUUGAUCCUACUUCUGGGCCUUGAGUGGACUGCCAGCAUUUGGGAAUGGCUCUGGAAGUGAUGGUGAUGAUUCCAUUUUCCUGUGGAGUCCUCGAAUCAUGCCUGCUUGAAGCUCUGCUGCUGUUUUCCAUUUUGGGAUUCAGAUUCUGUUACACAGUUCUCAUUGGCUGCUCCCUGGCUUUGUAUUCGCUCCAAUUCCAGCAGAAGACUGAGUGCUCUUGUGGUGCAGAGAUAGGAAUCCCGGGUUCAUCUCCCACCUCUAGCAUUGACACUGGGUUGAAAUCCUGGAUCUCCCUCCUUUAAAAGCAUUCUGAGAAUAACCACCACAAGACUUGCAGUGGUUCAAGAAGGGGCUUCGCCACUUUUUCAACAGCAACAUAUGUUGGCCUUUCAGCGAUGCCUACAGCCCGAGGGGAAGAAAGACAUGACACCAAUUCCUGUGCAGCAGGUUUAUUUUCACAUGAAAUUAUCUGAAGUGCAUUCUGGGACAAGGAGUAUCAAGACUACAUUUCCCAGCAUUCUAUUUGAGCAAACCUUGAGAUUGGAGAUAAGGAACACCUGCACCACGCAUUUCUUGUGUCCAGUUUCUACUCCAUUUGCGUCUAACUUGGAAUUAAUUUUAAUUAACUGGGGUUUAAGUUCAGGAUUUCACCAUGUCGGAACCAAUAACACUGAAUGUAGGAGGAAUGUUAUACACCACUUCCCUCAUGACUUUAACUCGCUAUCCAGAAUCGAUGCUUGGUUCACUGUUUAUUGGGGAUCUUCCGACCAGUAAGGAUCAGCAAGGAAAUUACUUCAUAGACAGAGAUGGAAAAAUGUUUCGACACAUCCUUAAUUUCCUUCGAACAUCGCAUUUGGACCUUCCAGCUGAUUUCCGAGAGCUGGAUCUUCUGAGCAGAGAAGCUGAUUUUUUCCAGAUCCAACCUCUGCUGCAGGCUUUGCAGACCAUCAAGUCCCCAGUUAUACAAAUAAAAAACAAUGCAGUGCUUAACAUCUUUCAUGACUCACAGUCACAUAAUGUUGGCUCCUAUACUGUAAAACUUGUUAAUGUUCAAGUAUUUUCUACAUCUUGUGCCUUGUUGAAUCUUCUCAAUUCCAAAUUCUACUAUAUCUUCAAAGGUGACAAUUUAUCUGUCGACAGUGAUCUGGAAGAUUUGAAAUUCAUUCCACUAGAAUGGGUUCAAAGUGGCAGAACUAGCUUAGAAAAACAGUAUAUAAUGGAGAAUUGGAAAAGCCUGUAUGCUUCACCAUCUCAUCGGCAAAUCCAAAGCCUGGAUAUGUUUAUCCAGCAAGUUAUAAAAAUAGCAGUCAACGGUGGAUUCUUCCUUAAUUCUAUUCCUUCUGUUUCAAGUAACCCAAUUAUCCUGCAUUUUACACAGGAACGAUAAUACAGAAAGCAAAUUGAUGUGGGUUCCCAAUCUUUUGAGCUUAAAGAAAUUAACAGUCUUUCCCUUGUUUCUUAUAUAAAUCUUGACAUAUAAUGUGCAGGAUCAUGAAUAUUAAUCCUGUUUGUUGAAUUCAUUUACCAUUAUAGUUGAAUUUGGCUGUUGGGAUGAAACUUGUUGUUAGCUAGAUUUACUUGAAGUACAUUUAUUUUUAAAUAAUAUAGUGUAAUGUUACAUUUCUGACAGUGACUGAACGCUAACCAUUGAUUACUUUAUGACUUUGUCUGGGAGUCACCACUGAAACUCAUUUAUACUUGUGCCCAUCCUGGCAACUCAUUCCCUACAUUUAUUUUACUAAAUUAGUCUGCUUCUUGUUCAGUUAUUCCUCAGAACUGUUUUGGGAUGUUUCCUAUGUUAGAGACUUUAUAGCAAUCAAGGACAAAACAUUUUUGUUUUGCUGAGAGCUCCUGUGGAGAUUUCCUUAAUUUUUGGUGGUCACUUUUCCAUUCUCAUGAACUCAUUCAUUAGGUUAUGACAUUGAGUAGCAACAAUACCUUCUAUGUUUGUGUUAAUAUAGGGGUAUGUGGACGCUCACAAAAGUAGAACUAGAAGAAUCCACCAAUAUCCUCAAUAAUUAGCAACAUUCCACUAAACUUAAAAGCUACAAACCACAAGGCCGAAACUCAUCUCCUAGAUUCCACUGUCAUUAAAUUAGAAGACAACAGGAUUAAGUUAGGAACAAAAGAUUUUUGAAAAAACUGACGAAUUUCUACGCAUAAAAAUCCAUCACUUUUAACACACCUUCCACACAAUGGUGAAGACCUAGCCAAUAUGUUUUCAUUGCAUAUGCACAAAACUGGAACAUUUUAACCAAGCAGUUACAAACCUAGUCACUGCAUCUUGGAUCUCAAUCUCGGAUUUAAAGUUAACAAUUUGCACAGCUUUCAUAACAGUGGGAUAUACUCCAUUUUUCCCCAAGUAUAAUUUAUGCAAGGACUCUUACCAAUUUUUAUAGGUGCGCCACAGAAAGCAUUCUAUCUGGAUGCAUCACAACAUAGCAUGGCAAGUGCUUUUCCCAAGACCUCAAGAAACUGCAAACAGCCAUGAACACAGCCCAGUCCAUCACGCAAACCAGCCACCAUACACUGACUCCGUUUAUUCUUGCUGCUGCCUCAGGAGAGCAAGUAAUGUAAUCAAAGACCGCUUUGACCCCAGUUAUACUCUCUACUACCCUCUUCCACUGGCAAAGGAUACAAAACUUUGAAUACACAUAUGAAUAGAUUCAAGAACGGGCUUCUUCCCUGUUGUUGUCAGACUUUUGAAUAGACCCCUCAAAUGUGAACGUUGAUCUCUCUCUCUCUCUCUCUCUCUCUCUCUCUGCUGCUGUAAAACUGUAUUCUGCACUUUGUAUGGUACAAUCUGCCUGUUUGGCUCACAAACCGACACUUUUCACUAUAUUUUGGUACAUGUGACAACAAUAAAUAACAUCCUUUUAUGCAGACUUAGUAACUGUAUAUUAAUUUGCAAGAUAUUUGUCACCUUACUGAUUUAAUAUUUUCUUAGAUCCAUUAAUUGAAUAGUCCUUUGUUUAUAGGUUCAAAACACCUUUACAGCCUUGUUCUCCUCACUGUUCACUGUCUCUCCCCACACCUGUUUGCAACUCUACUUUCAACCAUGCACGGUUGCAACCUCUUGCUCUCCCCUCCCCACAGCUUUCUUCUGUCUGUGCCCCUCACAUUGUAGCCUCUAUUCCAGGCUUCUUGCAGCUUUCUCAUCCCUCCACCCCAUGCCAUGAUCUCCCUUCUGAAAUCCUAGCAGCUAAUUCCUGUUCCUCUGAUGCUGCCUGGCCUGCUGUGCUCCUCCAGCUCAACACCGUGUUAUCUCCUCCUUCCCAACCUCCUCUGGCAGUUCUUCCCAGCAUGGACCUAGCAAAGUCUAUAUUCAUAGGGUUAUAGUCAUAGUCUUGAUUUUCCUCGUAAAUUUUUAGACCAAAUGAUUUUUAAAAGUUCUGCUAAAAGAAAUGGCACAGCUCAGUGGGUAUCUGCACUACAUAGUCUGGUAUUAAACCACAGAUUCUGUGGCAAGUUAAAUGACAUCAACCAGAAAAUCAGUAGGGAAAUUUUCUGAAGAAGGGUCUAGACCCGAAAUGUCAGCUUUCCUGCUCCUCUGAUGCUGCUUAGCCUGCUGUCUUCAUCCAGCCCUACACCUUGUUAUCUUUGGGAAACCACUGAUGGUUCACUUAGUUGGUCAGCAGAUCGGGACGGGAAAUAUAAAAAACCUGUAAUAGCUCUGGCUUGGUUGAUACUCAGCUCUGAGUCAGAAUGUUCUGACUUCAAGUCCUACUUCAUAAACUGAGCACAAAAAUCAAGGCUGACACCCUAGCACAAACUGAAGGAGUCCUUGUAUUGUCUGAGGUGCAAUCUUUCAGGUAAGACAUUAAAUU